AUGCUGCAAAACGCUGCUGCAUCUAGAAAUUGUAAACCUAUUAUUGAAGUUCUAAGUAAUUAUAUAUCUCCAAACGAUAAUUUUAAGAUUCUUGAAAUUGCUUCUGGAACUGGUCAACACGUCUUAUCAUUUGCUAAAAGUUUUCCAAAUUCAACAUUUCAACCUUCUGAAAUAUCUCAUAGACAUUUACAUUCUAUUGUAGCAUAUCUAGAUAUGUUGCGUAAUGCACAUUCUAUGAUUAGUAAAAAAGAAAUAAACAUUAGAGUACCAUUAUAUAUUGAUGUUACGAAAUCUCCAACUAAAUGGGCAAUGCCACAAGAUUAUGGACCUAAUGAUGUUGAUAUUAUGAUUAGUAUUAAUUUAUUACAUAUAUGUUCACAAGAUGCUGUUAUAGGUUUAUUUAGAGCUGCUGGAGCAUUUUUGAAACAUAAGACCGGAAAAUUGUUUACAUAUGGACCAUAUGCAAUUGAUGGAAUAAUUACUCCACAAAGUAACAUUGAAUUUAACCUAAAUUUAAAAGAAAAAAAUCCAGAAUGGGGUUUACGUGAUAUUAGAGAUCUUAAUGAUAUUGCUCAAAAGUAUGGUUUAAAAUUAAUUAAUACACAUUCAAUGCCUGCUAAUAAUUAUAUUCUUGUAUUUGGGAAACAAUGA